AGGACGCGGGCAGUCUGACGGGGCAGGUCCUGUGCCGGGACCAGCGGCAGGGGCGGUCACACCUCGGGUGGUGGGAGGUGCGCUCACUCAGCAAGCCGGAGUCCCUCUGGCUCGUGCGCUGAGUCUGAAAGAUGCUCACACACUUUAAAUGGGAGGCUUCGCGCUCAGAGUCUCCUCUGGGAAAUGAUCACAGACGUGACGCCGUGGUCGUCACCCCGGGCCCGAUGGGAAACGGCCCGAAUGCCCGUCAGCAGAGUGCCUGGACACCACUUCCCACCCGUGCGGGGAGGCAGGCCCUGCCGGGACGAGAUGCGCAGCCAUGCUGUGAACACCAGUCACGGCGGAAGUGCCGGUGCCCGAGUGACAGAAGAGGACACACACCCACGGACGCAGUGGCCCCACUGCUGCGGCUCGUCCACGGCGGGAAGGGCUGCCCGUGUGUUCACGGCAGCUGUCUUUCACUGGUGGGGUUUCCCGCUUUGUAUUUUUCUGUUUUCCCAAGUGCACACGUGUUAUUUUUACCAUCGUAAAAAGAAACGCGCAGCGUAUUUUUAAAAGCUGCGCCGCUCGGCAGCAAUCUGUUGGCGCAGAUCUGUUGCAGCCCCCGGUGUUGAGUUUCCCAAACUGACCUGUCAUCCGAGGUGCUGGGUCUCUGAUCCUCAUGGCGCCUGCUGUGAGGCCACCACGCCCGGCAGGCGGCGCCGCGCCCAGGCAGAGCCAGCGCCCUGUGACAGCAGCUGGCCACCAGCGUCCCUGUCCUCAUUCCCUCCAGCCUGAGCGGGGGCGCGGGAACCCGGCACGUUCUGCCUGCAAACGGGGCACAGAGGGCAACUCAGCACUGCUGUGCCCGCCCCACGGCAGUCCUGGACACGGCGCUCCGCGGCUCCAGGCACUUGUCCCGUGAGCGGGUGGGGGGCCGGGCGCCCUCGAGGCACGGGCACCAUGGUGCGCCACGUGGACGACCUGGACUUCCACCUGCCCUCGCACGCCCAGGACAUGCUGGACGGCCUGCAGAGGCUGCGCUCGCAGCGCAAGCUGGCCGACGUCACGCUGCUAGUGGGCGGCCGGGAGCUGCCCUGCCACCGCGGCCUCCUGGCCCUGAGCAGCCCCUACUUCCACGCCAUGUUCACGGGCAGCUUUGCCGAGAGCUUCUCCGCGCGCGUGGAGCUGCGGGACGUGGAGCCGGCCGUGGUGGGGCAGCUGGUGGACUUCGUGUACACGGGCCGGCUGACCGUCACCCAGAGCAACGUGGAGGCACUGACGCGCACGGCCGCGCGCCUCCACUUCCCCGCCGUGCAGAAGGUCUGCGGCCGUUACCUGCAGCAGCAGCUGGACGCCGCCAACUGCCUGGGCAUCUGCGAGUUCGGGGAGCAGCAGGGCCUGCCGGGCGUGGCUGCCAAGGCCUGGGCCUUCCUGCGGGGGAACUUCGAGGCCGUGGCACGUGAGGACGAGUUCCUGCAGCUGCCCCGAGACCGGCUGGCCACCUGUCUGGCCAGCGACCUGCUGCAGGUGCAGCCGGAGCAGAGCCGGCUCGAGGCCCUGCUGCGCUGGGUGCGCCAUGACCCGCCGGCCCGGGCCACCCACCUGCCCGAGCUGCUGGGCCUGGUGCGCCUGGACGCCGUGCCCGGGCCCUGCGUGCAGGAGCUGCUGGCCACAGAGCCGCUGAUCCAGGAGUCGCAGGCCUGCCGGGCGGCCCUGGCCCAGAGCCACGGUGCGGUGCGGCCAGCCCUCCCGCAGAAGCUGGAGGAGGUCCUGGUGGUGGUGGGCGGGCGGGCGCUGGAGGAGGACGAGGGGGGCGAGGAGCCCAGCGCCCACCCCGGGAACUUCGCCUUCUACAACACCAAGGCCAAGAAGUGGAUGGCGCUCCCGGACUUCCCCGACUACCACAAGUGGGGCUUCUCCCUGGCGGCCCUGAACAACGACAUCUACGUCACAGGCGGCUCCCGGGGCACCAAGACGGACACCUGGUCGACCACCCAGGCCUGGUGCUUCCCGCUGAAGGAGGCCGCCUGGAGGCCCGUGGCGCCCAUGCUGAAGGCGCGCACCAACCACGCCAGCGCCGCGCUCAACGGGGAGAUCUAUGCCAUUGGCGGCACCACUCUGGACGUGGUGGAGGUCGAGAGCUACGACCCCUACACGGACAGCUGGACGCCGGUCAGCCCCGCCCUCAAGUACGUGAGCAACUUCUCGGCGGCGGGCUGCCGGGGCCGGCUCUACCUGGUGGGCUCCAGCGCCUGCAAGUACAACGCCCUGGCCCUGCAGUGCUACAGCCCGGUCGUAGACGCGUGGAGCGUGAUCGCCUCGCCCUUCCUGCCCAAGUACCUGUCCUCGCCGCGCUGCGCCGCGCUGCACGGGGCGCUCUACCUCAUCGGCGACAACACCAAGAAGGUCUACGUGUACGACCCCGGGGCCAACCUGUGGCAGAAGGUGCAGUCCCUGCACAGCCUGCAUGAGAACGGCGCGCUGGUGCCUCUGGGGGACGCGCUGUACGUGACCGGCGGCCGCUGGCAGGGCAUGGACGGCGACUACCACGUGGAGAUGGAGGCCUACGACGCCGUGCGGGACACCUGGACGCGCCACGGCGCCCUGCCUCGCCUCUGGCUCUACCACGGCGCUUCCGCCGUCUUCCUGGAGGUCUCCAAGUGGACCCAGCCCUUCCACCCCGCCCAGGAGCACUAAGCCGGGCGCUCCCGGUGGACGGGUCCCGUGGCAGCUCCCCGUCACCCCCUGGAACAGCCCACUUUUCUUCUGCCUGUCCGUUCACACGGAGCUGCCGUCCCCUCCAGGGCUCAGGCCGGGCUCGGGCCACCGGGUCGGCAGUUGGCACAGCCCAGGCACAUGGCCUUGGUCUCUGGAGCUGUCAGACCGAGCUCUGAGCUGAGCAGCCACGAGGCCGGGGCGCUGGGCACCUGCAUAAUGGGGACUAGAAGCUCUGCCGCACUCGGGCUGCCAGGACCGCAGAGAAAGGCACCGAGGGCCUGGGACAGCGGGGCAGCAGCUGGAGCUCUCCCAGCCUCAGCUGCUCCUGCCUCUGGGCCUGGCCGGAGGCUUCCGGAGCAGUGGCACACAUGCAGGUUGACCCCGGAGUGGCCCAGGAAGCUGUGGAGACGGAAGGGCCCUGGGGCAGGGUCAGCACCGGGCCACCUCGGUGCCACCGCAGCGGCAGCCUCUGCUCCGGUGCUGGCUGGUGGGCUCCGGGCGCUGUCUCUCUCACCGUGACGAGGACCCACCUUUGAAACCAAGGACCGUCUGUGGGUGCUGAGUGCCGUGUCUCUGUUGCCACAGGGCCACCAGUCAGGAGUCGGGUCCAGCCCAGCGCCAGCCCGGCACCGACCCUUGGAGGCCAUGGGCAGCUCCUGUCCCCCUGCGGAUCCGGGCUCCUCUCCGGGGCCACCCUCCCCGGGCGUCCCUGGGCUCUGAGGACAGGUGUCCCCGGUCCCUCCCGCUUCUGUAGCCCUGACCCGCUUUGCGCCCAGACCUGCCUUCUCAGAACCCUUCCUAUGGGACAGUCGAGUGACUCCCAGGGCCCAGGGAGGGGCCCCGAAGGAGCCAGGGCCCACCCUGCGGGUUGGGGAAGCAAGGUGAGGGUUCCUGGGAUCUUCGACUGUUUCCACAUGGAAAUCUCCCAGAAUGUUUUCUGGACAGUUAUCGAAGGAGGCCAAAGGGCUGUUUAAAAAUGAAGACUUGAUAUAAACCAUUUUUGCAAAAAUAUUUUAAAAUAAAUAAAAAUAAAAACAAAGA